AUGUCCUGUUAUAGCCAAUUAAUACAAACAUUAACUAGUCGAGUAAUGCAAUUAAAUAAUCGCAGCUAUCUAAGCACACAGCUAAUUCUAAAACGCAUCAUAACCGACAUGGACAUAAAGCUUACAGUGGAUUUAAUAAAACCCAACAAUCGCACAGUGCGUCUAAUUAAUGUGCGCACCAAUGCUUGUGACUUUUUGGAAAAGAUUAAUAAGAAUUUGCUUUUCAACAUUCUAAAAAACACGCUCAGCAAACAUUUGUCUGGUAGUCUCAAAUGUCCCUUCAAGCCGUUCUUCAAUUACACGCUGAACAAUUUGUUUAUAGACGAGAAAGACUUUCCCAGCUAUGUGCCCGAGUGUAAAAUUCGUGGUGUUGGUGAAGUUUACUUUUUUCAACAAUUGAGCGCUAAAUUUUUCUUCAAUGCUGGCGUCGUUCACAAGCCCAAAUAA